UCCUGGCCUCUCUGCCGGCGCUCUGGUCUGAGGAGGAGCCCUGAGUGGUUUCGCCGCUUUUGUUUUUCUUCUGGAAACUGCCGUCCCUGCGAGCGCUGUGCGGGGUCGCCGGCCCGACCUCCCGGGGGAAGGUGCGCGUCCCGAGGGACCAUGGAGCCGGGGCGCCCCGCGGGCAGCGGCUGCGGCAGCCCCGCCGGCCUCUCCCGGGAGUACAAGCUGGUGAUGCUGGGCGCCGGCGGCGUGGGGAAGAGCGCCAUGACCAUGCAGUUCAUCAGCCAUCGCUUCCCCGAAGAUCACGACCCCACCAUCGAAGAUGCUUAUAAAAUCCGGAUUCGUAUUGAUGAUGAGCCUGCCAACUUGGACAUUUUGGAUACGGCUGGACAGGCAGAGUUCACGGCCAUGCGGGAUCAGUAUAUGAGGGCGGGAGAAGGGUUCAUCAUCUGUUACUCCAUCACUGACCGUCGAAGUUUCCAUGAGGUCCGGGAGUUUAAGCAGCUUAUCUACAGAGUUCGACGCACUGAUGAUACCCCUGUGGUCCUGGUAGGAAACAAGUCUGACCUAAAGCAGCUAAGACAGGUCACCAAGGAAGAAGGAUUGGCUCUAGCCCGAGAAUUCAGCUGUCCCUUUUUUGAGACGUCCGCUGCAUACCGCUACUACAUCGAUGAUGUAUUUCAUGCCCUCGUCCGGGAGAUACGCAGGAAAGAAAAGGAGGCAGUGCUGGCCAUGGAGAAAAAGUCUAAACCCAAAGCCAGUGUAUGGAAGCGGCUGAAAUCACCUUUCCGGAAGAAGAAGGACUCCGUGACUUGAAGGGAAGAUGUGUGUGUUCGCCUGUGAACCGCAGGGUUUACUCCGCGCGACCCCGUGGCCUGCACGAGUGAGCAUGGUGCUCGCUCCUUCUCCUGUCAUGACCGUUCCUCUAAAUGUAACUGACGAAGGGGGUAUGCCCGGUGGGAGUUCUCAGCGACGUGGUGUUUAGAAUACUGUCUUCUAGCUAAUUCUGACUUAUUAACCCAGCAGAGCACUGUCUACUUGUAAAUUGUCACAUUAGAAUUUGAUCUACCAAC